AUGCCUCCUAAGAAAGCGCCCAAGGUCGGCAAGCUCAGUCUUCCCGAGGGCGACAAAGGUGUGGUAACAAGAUUUCCUCCCGAGCCGUCCGGAUACCUCCAUAUCGGUCACUCUAAAGCUGCACUUCUCAACGACUUCUUUGCGCACGAGCAGUAUCAGGGUGGGAAGCUUAUUCUCCGAUUUGACGACACGAACACCGAGAAAGAGAAGGAGGAGUAUCAGGAUGCCAUCCUCGAAGAUGUCGGCCUGUUAGGCAUUAAGCCAGACCAGGUCUCGUACACCAGUAAUUACUUUGAUGAGAUUGAGAAGUACUGCACCGAGAUCAUCAAGUCCGGCAAAGCCUUUGCUGAUGACACGCCGGGCGAUGUGAUGAGCCAGAUGAGGCUGGCGCGUGAGCCAAGUGUUCAUCGCGACGAUAGCGUGGAAGACAAUCUGGCAAGAUGGGAUCUCAUGAGACAAGGCACAGAUGAAGGCCGCAGAUGGUGCAUUCGCGCGAAAAUCUCCCAUGCCAACAACAACGCUGCUCUUCGAGAUCCUGUCAUAUAUCGCUGUCCCAAGAAUCAGACACCCCACCACCGGACUGGCGACAAGUACAAGGCAUACCCAACAUAUCAAUUCGCUUGUCCUGUUGUGGACUCGAUUGAGGGCGUUACUCAUGCUCUCAGAACGACUGAGUACAAUGACCAAGACGCCCAGUAUAAGUGGAUCCUCAAGGCUCUUGGGCUGAGACCUGUCUUCAUCUGGACGUUCUCCAAAAUCCAAUUUGUCCGGACGUUGAUGUCGAAGCGGAAGCUCACCAAGCUGGUGGAUGCCGGCACCGUGUCUGGCUGGGAUGACCCUCGAUUCCCUACCGUUCGUGGUAUGAGGAGGCGUGGAAUGACGAUUGAGGGUCUACGUGAGUUCAUGGUCAGCCAAGGUCCCAGCAAAAACAUAGUGAACAUGGAUUGGCACACAAUCUGGACAAUGAACAAGAAAGUCAUUGAUCCUAUUGCCGGAAGAUUCACUGCAAUCGAUUCUAAGAGGGUCCAGUGCGUGAUCAAUGGCGCCAAGGACGAGCCCUAUUCGGAGAGCAAGCCUAAGCAUGCCAAAUAUGACCUAGGAGACAAGAAGCUGGUUUACAGCAAGAACAUCGUCAUCGAACAGGAAGACGCGCGGACGUUUGAUCAAGACGAGGAAAUCACGUUGAUGAACUGGGGCAAUGCUAUUGUUCGCAAGAUCGAGUACGAGACUCCUGACGACAAGUCUGACAUCGUGGACGGAGUAAAGUCUCUGGGCAAUGUGAAGUCUAUCGAGUUUGACCUUCAUCUGGAGGGCGACUUCAAGAUGACUAAGAAGAAGAUAACUUGGCUGUCCACAGAUCAAGAUCUGGUCCUGGUCGAGCUGCAUACUUUUGAUCAUCUGUUGUCGAAGGACAAACUGAGCGAGGAGGAAGAGGAACACUGGGAGGAUUUCCUGGCGGCCAACACUGACAUUGUGGAGAAUGCCGUGGCCGACUGCAACGUUGCCGACAUCAAGGCCAACGAUUUCCUUCAAUUCGAUCGAAAAGGAUACUACAGGUGCGACAAGGCGGCCACGAAAGAUUCGCCGGGCGUGUUCUUCAAGAUCCCCACGGGCAAGGAGUGA